AUGCAAACUGAGGAAACAUCCAGUGAUGAUAAUGCUAAAGCACAAACUGAGGAGAUGUCCAAUGAUGUUAAUGUCGCAAAUGAUCUGUAUCUUCCCGUAAUUGACAAUGACAGGGGCAAGGAAGUGAGAGCUUAUUGUGUGACUUUAUGUCAAAGGAUUGAAAGAAAGUUGACCUUUCGAUUUACCCAAGAAAUUGGAGAAGUCAUCAAACAUGCGAAAAGGAUAGAAUG